CACAUAUGUACAUAUAUGUGUGAAUAACAGAACAGAGAUAACAGAAUUCCAGUUGCUCCCCACAUGUCUCUACGACCUGUUGAAACACAGACUAUACCAGAAUCAGUAUAUACAAUUAUAGUGUUUCUCAAUAAUUACAAUGAGCGUUAAAUACAAAAUUAAGGUGGGCAUAAUUGGAGGAUCAGGAUUAGAUGAUCCUAGCCACCAAUUAUUAAAAUCUUGUCAUAUUAUUAAGCGUGAGAGUGUUGAAACAGAUUUUGGAUUGCCAUCUAGUAAUCUCUUCCAAGGUACAAUAGCUGGAGUUGAUUGUAUACUGCUCUCAAGACAUGGAGUAGGUCAAAUAAUAAAUCCAACAGGAGUCAAUUAUCGUGCAAAUAUUGAAGCUCUGCGUUCUGUGGGAUGCACUCACAUUAUUGCAACAACGGCCUGUGGUUCCCUUAUUGAAUCUAUUGACAGAGGAAAUUUAGUGAUUCCGGAUAGUUUUAUUGAUAGAACUAUUCACAGAAAAGGAACACUUUAUGACGGUACAUCACGAAAGUAUCAAGGAAUAUGUCACAUUCCAAUGGAACCAUCAUUUGAUCCAGAUGUAGCAAACAUUUUUGAAAGUGCAGCUAAAGAUUUGGGAAUAAUGAUAAGAAAAGGAGGAACUGUAGUGACAAUAGAAGGUCCUAGGUACUCAUCUAAGGCUGAAAGUAAUGUUUUUCGUUCAUGGGGUGGACAUCUGAUAAAUAUGAGUAUAUGUCCAGAGGUUUAUUUAGCAAAAGAAGCAGGUAUUUUGUACGGUGCUAUUGCCUUAGCAACAGACUAUGAUUGUUGGCAUGAAUCUGAGCAAGUCGUUUGUGCUUCUGAUGUAUUAGUCGUAUUUAAGAAAAAUCUUAGCAGAUUGAUAGAAAUAAUUCUCAAAUCAGUAGAACUUAUUGGACAAAAAAAUUGGGAUCAGCAGAUUGAUAAUUUAAAGCAAAUCAUAAAAAAUAAUACAAUAUAGCUGAAAUAAAAGGAAAAUGUUACAGUUUAUAAAAAAUGAAAAAUUUAAGAUACAAACAUAAAAGACUAGUUUGAAGCAGUUUGUUUACACCAUUUAGGUCUGAGGAUCACGAAGUAGAACGCUAUAAUUGCUUUUUUAGAGUAUAAAAGAUCUACGUACUUAAAUACGUUAAAAAUUAUUAAAUCAAAUAUCUUUUAAAAAAGUACAUUAAUACUAAUUUUUGUAAUUUUAAUUACCUCAUCUUUGUAAGCGGACGAUUUUUAAUAAUACAAAUUUUAAAUGCAGCUGUUUCCCUGUUACAGAAUACAAUAUAUACUUUCCUUUUUGUAAUACAAUUCAGAUAUUCUACAAAAACGUUGCAAAACAAAAGAAUAAAUAAAUAAACUCGUAAAUCAAUAAAAGUUUAUUUUUA